AUGGGCUCCCCGGAAAUCCCGGUCUACAUCUGGAUCGCCUCACACAGCAGAACCUGGACGCUUCUGUUCGACCUCAGCGACGACCCUGAUAAACCAAUCUCCCGCAUAAUAGCCCCAGGUGGGAGUGAGCGCCAGGAGUCUCCUUUCCGCAUCAGCCCCGAUUCCAUCGUGGGCCUUCAUCUAGGCGUGGCAAAACUACCACGAGGGUGGUCCGAGACUCCCACGACCCGGGACGAACUUAUGAACCUCAUUGACGAUAAAAUUCUGAAGGAUUUUGCCUCUGACUAUUAUGAAAAGCAUAGACUCGAGGACGAGGAUGAAGAUGAGAACCCAUUCAAGGAUGGCGGGCCUGAGUCUCGGGCAUUCACGCUGGAUGUGCUUAAAGUGCUGGAGGAUGCUAAAGUGGUGGAGCUGGACAAGGCCCGCAAGCAGACGGUGCAGGAUCUGUUGCGCAAGGAGGAGGGCAUCCAACCGCCGCUGAAGGAGCUGUAUCGUAUAUUGAGGAUCCCGGAGGACGUUCUGCGCCGGUUCCACAAGGGGGCAUAA